AUGACAAAGACAGUUUAUGUUAUUGAUGUUAAGAGUGGGAACUUACAAUCCCUUAUCAAUGCAAUUAAGAAAGUAGGUGACUUUGAAGUGAAAUUAAUCGGUAAUGCUGAAGAAUUCAAACAAGCUGAAAGUCAGAUUGAAAAAUUAAUCUUCCCAGGUGUAGGUAACUUUGCUCAUUUUGUCAAACAAUUACACGAUAGAGAUCUUGUAGAGCCUAUCAAAGCAUACAUUGAUGCUGGUAAGAGUUUGAUGGGAGUUUGUGUUGGGUUACAAACAUUAUUUGACUCUAGUGAAGAAAGUGAAGAUUUAACAUAUAGAGGUUUAGGCUAUAUUGAUAUGAAAUUAAAGAAAUUUAAUACUGAAGAUAAGAAAUUUGCUGAAAAGUCAUUAAGGAAAUCAGUUCCUGCCAUUGGUUGGAAUAAUGUAGAUGUUAUAAAUGUCGAUGGUAAGGAAUUACCUCAAGAUAAAGCAUAUUAUGGUAUCAACAACAAGAACAAAUAUUACUUCGUUCAUUCAUAUGCAGCUAUAGUUGAUGAAGAAACUGAAGAAGUCUUAGAUAAGGCUACUCAAAACGGUUGGAAUUUCUGUUAUGCCACUUAUGGAUCAGAAAAAUUCAUUGCUGCUGUAUCAUAUAAGAACUGUUUCGCAACUCAAUUCCACCCUGAAAAAUCAGGUAUUGCUGGUCUUAAAGUCAUUAAGUCUUUCCUUGAAGACACUAAGUAUUCAGAAGUCAACCACAAAGAUUUCCAAGUAGUGGAUACCAAAAUUCAAAAAUCACUUGAUGGAUUAACUAGAAGAAUCAUUGCAUGUUUGGAUGUGAGGGCUAAUGAUCAAGGUGAUUUAGUGGUAACAAAAGGUGAUCAAUAUAAUGUUAGACAAUCAGGUGAUGAUGGUUCUAAUAAUGUUAGAAACUUGGGUAAACCCGUAGAGUUAGCUACGAGAUAUUUCUAUCAAGGGGCUGAUGAAGUAACUUUCCUUAAUAUUACAUCAUUCCGUGAUUCUCCUUUAGAAGAUUUACCAAUGUUGGAAGUUUUAAGACUCGCUGCUAAGAACAUCUUUGUUCCAUUAACUGUUGGUGGUGGUAUUAAAGAUAUGACAGAUCCUAAAACUGGGAAAUUGGUACCUGCAGUUGAAGUAGCUGAUUUAUAUUUCCGUUCAGGGGCAGAUAAAGUUAGUAUUGGUUCUGAUGCUGUAACUAUCGCUGAAAAUUACUAUGCCAAUGGUAAAACUAAAACUGGAACUACCUCAGUUGAAACUAUAUCUGCUACAUUUGGUGCCCAAGCGGUUGUUAUUUCUGUAGAUCCAAAAAGGAAAUACGUAGCUUCACCUCAAGAUACUACUAUGGAAACUAUUAAAAUCACUGAUGCUUCAAAGUUCGGUCCAAAUGGUGAACAAUAUUGUUAUUAUCAAGUAACAUCUCAAGGAGGUAGAAAAGUCCAUGAAUUAGGAGCUUUGGAACUUUGUUUAGCUUGUGAAGCUUUGGGUGCUGGAGAAGUUUUACUUAAUUCCAUCGAUCACGAUGGUUCAAAUAAAGGUUACAAUCUUGAAUUAUUACGUCAAAUUAAAACCAGAGUAUCUAUUCCUGUCAUUGCCAGUUCUGGAGCAGGUAAACCUGAACAUUUCGAAGAAGUAUUUAAGAUGGAUUGUGGUAUUGAUGCUGCUCUUGGUGCUGGAUUAUUCCACAGAGAAGAAUAUAAAGUUAACGAUGUUAAAAGAUUCUUAUUGAAUGAUGCUAAUAUGGAUGUCAGAUUGGAUGAUGAAGUGGAAUUAUAG